AUGUCUCAAACUUCAUCGGAAUGCUCAGAUGACUUUGAAGACGACUUUUGGCCAAACAUUCACAUCUACAUUCCAAUGAUGGCUGUGGUCUUUGGUAUACCAAUUCUGGUGAUUCUUGGGAUUUGUUUGAUUCAAAUCAGAAAUCGAAGAAUCCAACAGCAACAGAGUGAAAUGUUGCAUAAUCGUCGGCUCUCAACGCAAUCUGGUAGUCUCUACGUGGGAAAUCGCUCGAGAUCG